GAGUGAAGCACUGAGUGACGCGUGAACGUCCCUUAUGAGGCCUGCGAGUGUGAAGUGAACUCAUGUAAAAUGGCGACGGAAGAGCCGGAAAUAAACUCAAAUUCUUGUAAGAGAGAAGAGGAGAAUGCAGAAGAGAACAACCAGGAAAUCGUCAGCCUUGAGAGCUACAUCAAACACCCACUACAGAACAGAUGGUCUUUAUGGUUCUUCAAAAAUGACAAGACUAAAACAUGGCAAGCAAACCUCAGACUGAUCUCCAAAUUUGACACAGUAGAGGAUUUCUGGGCGCUUUAUAACCACAUUCAGCUCUCCAGUAACUUGAUGUCAGGUUGUGACUACUCGCUUUUCAAGGAUGGUAUUGAGCCCAUGUGGGAGGAUGAGAGAAAUAAGAGAGGAGGACGCUGGCUCAUCACUCUCAACAAACAGCAGAGGAGAUAUGACCUGGACCGCUUUUGGUUGGAAACUCUUUUGUGCCUCAUCGGCGAGGCCUUCGAUGACUACAGCGAUGAUGUGUGUGGUGCCGUAGUCAAUGUCCGAGCAAAAGGAGAUAAAAUUGCUGUCUGGACAACUGACUACGAGAACAGAGAUGCUAUAACACACAUAGGGAGGGUGUACAAGGAGCGAUUAGGCAUCCCAAUGAGUAUGACCAUUGGCUACCAGUCUCAUGCUGACACAGCCACUAAAAGUGGCUCCACUACUAAGAACAAGUUUGUGGUCUGAAAACCAUCAAGGGCCUGAAUCUUUUCUUCCCCUCUCUCUCUCUCUCUCUCUCUCUCUUUCUCUUUCCAUCCGUCCUGUCUCUUUCUCUGCCUCUUAAAACCAAAGCAACAAAAACACUCAAACUGCCAUGAACCCCAAAAGCCCUUCACAUACACACAUCAACUUACACAAACUAUGAGUAUUGUGGCACAUUUACACACACAUUUUGUAAUAGUAUUACUUCUGUAUCACCCUUACACUACAGCAGAUGUUCUCUCUUUUACCCAACAAGAAAUAUUUACACAUUCAAUGUUAAACAUUCACACUACACAGUUUCCCUAAAAAAAAAAAAAAAAAGAAUCCCUUGUUUAAUCCUUCAAGUCUUGUUCAGAGUUUGUAAAAUAUGUAAUGUUUUUAUUUAAAAAAAAAAAAUUGUCAAUUUAUUUAAUGGCAGAGGAAAGGAAAUGUCUGUGUUCUUUUAUCCAGCAGCUUUGCUGCUUCAGUGCCUAAUGAACAUAAGCAUUUAUUCAGAUUAAUCCUCAAUAUUUCAUUGAGAUAGUAUUUGGCCAUAGAGUGCAUGUAAUCAAGCUAAUCUUUAUAGAGCUGCUUUACUUUCAGCAUUACCUUGAUUAAAUUUGGGGGUUUACGAUUCAAGAUGUUUUUUUAUAUUUUGAAUUUUUCCAUGCAUCAUAAAUGUACAUUCCUUAAAAUAAUAGUAAACUGGGGGACUUUUUGCAGUGGUGUAACAGAUUAAUUUAGCUUGUCUGGAUGUAAUUGGCUUAAAUUGGUUCUUUAGUAAGGUAAUGGCAUGAUCAGAUAUAGGCCCUGAAAAAAAUAGAUUUAUUUUGAUUAAAUUUAUUUCACUGAAAAGGGUGAGAGGCGCCUUAAUGUUUAUCACAGCGGUGUUGCAUGAACGUUAAUGGACUGUUAAUUGUCAAUUAAUGCUUAAUUAAUAGCUGGUACAUCAAAAUCUCACUAAGGUAUAUCUUGGGCUCAUGGCAAAAAAAAAAAAAGAAAAUCCCUUAAUGAGCACCCUGCACUAUUAGUAUUAAUAAAGUCAGUAGAGAGAGACUAUACAGAUAUAUUCUUUGCACUUUUCAGUUGGGAUCAAGAGUAGACCUCACUGUAAUUCUGUGAGCAAAUAUUUUUCCUUCAAUAUGACUUAAGUUCUCCACAAUUUUCUCCAAUUAGUUCAGCUUGAACCCGCUUAAAGGAAUAGUUCACCCAAAAAUGAAAAUUUGAUGAUAAUUUACUCAUCCUCAGGCCAUCCAAGAUGCAUAUGACCUUCUUUCUUCAUCAGAACAGGAUUUAAGAUUUUUAGGAAAGUAUCCCAGGUUUUUAGCUUUAUCCAAUGCAAGUGAAUGGACACCAAUUUUUGACCAUCUAAAAAGCACACUUAGUCCGCAUCAAUGUAAUCCACAAGCAGAGGUGGGUAGAGUAGCCAAAAACUGAACUCAAGUAAAAGUACAAUUACUUCAAAAAAAUAAUUACUCAAGUAGAAGUAAAAGUACUAACAUAAAUAAUUACUUGAGUAAGAGUAAGAAAGUGUCCAAUUAAAAGAGUACUCAAGUAGUGAGUAACUCGUUACUUUCACAAAUGACAUAAUAAUAGACGUUUACUCCCCUAUAUUCCAUUACAUAUUACACAUUUAACAUGUAUUACAGAAUUAUUAUUAUUAUUAAUGGAAAUUCUGUCAUCAUUCACCAUCAUGUUGUUCCAAACUCGUAUGACUUUCUUUCUUCCAUGCAGCACAAUGAGAUAUUAGACAGAAUGUUUGCCUGAGUCACUAUUUAUUUCAGUGAAUGUGUUUUUUAUAUACAUAUAUAUUUAAAGUGAAUGGUGACUGAGACUGUCAGUCCCUAACAUUCUGUCUAACAUAUUUUGUGUUCCACAUAAUACAAAGCGUCACACUGGUUUGGAACAACAUGAGGGUAGAGAAAUGUUGACAGAAUAUUAAAUUAUGGCUUUAAAGGGAUAAUUCACCCAAAAAUGAAAAUUCUCUCAUCAUUUACUCACACUCAUGCCAUCCCAGAUGUGUAUGACUUCCUUUCUUCUGCAGAACACAAAUUAAGAUUUUUAGAAGAAUAUUUUAGCUCUGUAGGCCAAAAUUUUGAUGCUCCAAAAAGCAUAUAAAGUCAGCUUAAAAGUAAUCCAUAAGACUCCAGUGGUUAAAUCCAUGUAUUCAGAAGUUUUAUGAUAGGUGUGGGUGAUAAACAGAUCAAUAUUUGUCAUUUUUUGCUAGACAGCAGGGGGCAAUAUGCAGAGAAGAAUGUGAAUCACCAAAACACAAGAAGAAUGUGAAAGUGGUCUGUUUCUCUGUUUCUCAUCAACACCUAUCACAUCACUUCUGAAGAUACUGAUUUAACCACUAGAGUCUUAUGGAUUACUUUUAUGCUGAUUUAUGUUUGUUUGUUUAGCUUUAAAACGUUGCCACCCAUUCACUUGCAUUGUAUGGAUCUACAGAGCUGAGAAAUUCUUCUAAAAAUCUUCAUUUGAGUUCAGCAGAUGAAAGUCAUACACAUCUGGGGUGGCAAGAGGGUGAAUAAAUAAUGAGAAUUGUAAUUUUUGGGUGAACUAUUCCUUUAAGGGCUCUUGUCAGAUCUGGAUUAAUUUGUCAAUAAGAGGAGAGGUUUGGAAACAUUUCUAGUAAAUAUUACGGUGAAAACAUGAAAAUGUACCACAAGGAUGUUAUAUAUAAUGCUGAAAUAUAAACCUAAGCAAGAUCAUGCUUUAUUAAUGCCUUCUUUCGCUAUUUCAUAGCUUUUAAAGUCCUGUGUGGAUUCUUAUUUCAGUGUAGUUACAGUUUUCAGUGUCAUAAGUAUUUAGAUCAUUAGUUCUGUACAGCAGUACCGUCGCUCUUUAAAUGCAGAGUACGCAGCCUACAUAGGGCACCAACUCACUCGCUGUGUUUGAAACCACCCCCUAUCCACUAUAUAGUGCACUAUAUCGAGUGUCCGCUAUUUUGUAAGAGUGUCUGAAUUCUGAGUGAGCCACUCGUUCCCUACUUUUAUUCACUCAUUCGUACCCACAAUGCAUUCUAAUUUCAAGUGUACAUUUGAUGUACACUCGACAAUGGUUAAUUACCCGUAAUCCACCACGGGAAAGACGUAUGAGCUGGGAGUUUACUGCUUCCUUCACUCCUGCAAUGUUUUAUUUCAUGCUGAAUGUAGUAAAUUACUUUUUGAUUAAUAAUUUCUUGAUUAAAAUAACAACAUAUAGAGAGACAAAACAUACAGAUACAUUUUAAAAUUUACUCUUUAUUUGAUCAAAUGUGCUUACUCUUUAUAUUAACACACAGUAUAUAUUAAAAAAGACAAACAGAAUGAAGAUUAAUAUUGUAUUAAUAUAUUAUUUAAUAAGAAUAACAAGUAAGGCCCAAGUAUUUUAAAAUUUAAUAUGUGACGUUGUUUCUGCGACAGCCCCAGAGCUCUGACACUCACGUCCAAAUUCACUCAUUUCCUUCACUUACUGCUGAGACAUAGUUGUUGGGCCUCAUGUAUUCAGAUAGAAGACAAAGUCGUACCUUACACAGUCGUAAAACCUAACUCAAGCCCCCACAUUCCAAGUCGUAAAUUAUAAUGAUAAAAAUCGCACCAAAAUCAAACAAAGGGAGUCCAAAUCAGACUCCAAAUCCCAUGAAGCCUUGCUCACUAAAGGAUCGAACUCUCAACUCCUAUUGGAUGAGGCACACAACAGAACGCACCUCAAACCAUGACAUCAUCUGGAGAUGAAAUACCUCUGAAAUGCUUCUGGGAUUUGCUUCCAGCAACUUUGUUCGUCCUGUAUAGACGCAGCUCAUCGCUGCUCUCAGGUGCAACCUCGUGGCACAAGGAAGUAACGUCCAACUUGAAACUGUAGCCAUACAAUCUCCAUCUCGCUGGACGAGUUGAGAUUACUCUGUGUUCAACCGAACACUCUAACGAAUCCGAAGGAGACCGCCGAGCAAUUCGCAUCUUCAUCCAUUUGCCUGCAGAAGUGAAGAGAUUAAAGAUUUCUCUUCCAUCUUCAAUCAAGUCGACAUUUCUGAGUUCUCCACCAGCCCGUCGAGAAUCAACAGCCGUACCGCCCGCCGACAGAGCGAGGAAACGGCCUCCUGUCAUCACCCGAGCCUCAAGGAACCGGGUCAGAGUUAAAGGACGGAUGAACACACAUUCUACCUGUGUCCUCAUGCGAUUCAAGUAAGAGGUUUACGUCUGGGCAGAGAUAGAAUAUUAUAGUGUGUUAUUCUUGUGUUUCAAGGUUUUGCUUGUACAGUUUACGGACCGCCAUGUCCGCUCACUAUUAAUACUCAGGGUAUUAAUUAUCACAAAUUUGUUUUGCUGUAUUGUGGUCCAACCAAAUUGGAUUGUUGUGCAAUUUCACCAUCGUUGGUGAGACAGCAACUGAGUUCAUCCAUUAAAGAGUCAAAGUACGCGGGACUGUUUACGAGCCGUCCACCGCGUCUCUGAGCGAUGAACUAACAGUUGCUUUCUGUCCCACGAUCGCGAAAUUGGCUUUAGGGCCGUCACUUCUCUCUCUCUCUCUCUCUUGUACUAACCACACACACACACACACUCACGCGACCCCUCACAAACAUUCUGGCACACAUUUUUGGCUCCUAGAUAGCUUAAUGCUAAAGCCCAGCUUUGUCCCUAAGCUAUCGUACAAGCGGAUACACGCGGUAACUGGUAGACGCCAUUGACUGGUUUCUCGCCACCCCCAUUCGCGGUCAUAUUCCCUGGCCGGAAGUCUCGCGUGACAUACUCUCCACGAGAGUCACGUCCGCCAUUUUGUGCAUGUCCCUCCUGACACACACACACACACACUGUCACGCACACACCUUAUGUGUUAUAGGAUUAUUUUUAUUUCCAUAUCUAAUCAUAUCACUGUUUAGUUUGUAGUUGUAAGUCGGAAGUUUAUUGACUGCAUUGUAUUAAUUAUUAAUUGAUAUAUAAUUGAUUAAUGCAUAAAUA